UUUCCCGCCACGGCCAACGAAAAGGUACCGGCACUCUUCGGAUGUCCAUGUGUAUGGAGCCAUGUGCCGCUGUACGGCGAUGCACAAGAAAAGCGCCGAUAUCACCAUGCGCUGGCUAAGCCGAAUGCCCCUGGCAUUACACGACGUCUGCCCUCUGAAAUUAUCCUCUGCAUUGUGGAUGCACUAUUCGAUUUGUACGCCAAAGAGGUUUCUCUCGGUUAUGAAAAGUAUUGGGAGUCAUCUUGUCUACCAUAUGAGACCGAAAAGAUGUGCCCCUUUUGCAUGCUUCCUCGCUUUGACGUUUGGCGAGACGUUGCAAACUUGGCAGCUUCGUGCCGCGCACUCUACGAACUUAUCACGCCUGUGCUCUAUCGGAGGGAUGCGGAACAGAACCAUUCUUCAGCUCUGCUAAUCUCAGCGAAAAGGGGCAACGUCCGGGCCCUGAAGCUUGCGUUGGAAAACGGCGCAAAUGCAGAUGCGGACGAUCACACAAUGCCGCUGCAAUGGACGAACGAAUGCUUUCGGUAUUGUGAGCAUUGUGAGUACCAGGUUUGGUGGAGGGAGCCACGGAGACUCGACAUGAGUGCACUGCACUGGGCGGCAUUGUGCGGAAGGGAAGAUGUCCUUGAAAUUUUGUUGAACCACAAAGCCGGCGUGGGCCCCAACAAGAGGGCAGUAGUGCAGCCGGGACUGGAUGCAGGGAACUAUGGCUCGCUGCCGUAUGUGGAGGACUAUUGCGACGAAUAUAACGCCAGCUUUCCCUGCCUGGCGCUGCAGACGACGAUGGGCUACAACCCCGUGAGCUCUCACGGAGCUAACGCCCUAUACUUCCUACUAGGAACCGGUCGAAUGCGAGCGCACGAAAAGACCGUGGAUAUGGCGAGGCUUCUUGUUGACGCAGGCUCUUCAUUGACGACACACGAAGCUGCGGAGCUUCAUGCUCUCCAUCAAGCAGCUGCAUACGAUAACGCAGAGCUAGUGCAAUUUCUCCUUUGCCAAAGGAAAGUCGACCCCAAUAUCACGGAUGCUGCCGGAAAUACGCCGUUACACCAUCAUGUCGACUCAAGGUUCAGGGUUGAGGGUGGCGCAAAGGACACAAAGACGCUAUCACUCCUUCUGAAGUACGGUGCGGAUCCCAACUUGCGGAACGUUGAUGGGUUAUCGCCGCUAGACAUUUGCCUCGUCACGACGUUGCUGGGCGCUGACAGAAUGAAGCUGUCCGUGUUACUUGCUCGGAGCGGAGGGACGCUACGAGAUCGAGACUUGGGCCUUCACAGGUCAAGGCUGACUGAUGAGCAACGAGAAGAACUAAAUACUGCAUUUGAAGAAGCUAGACAUUCCGGGAGAACUGAAUGGACCGGAAGCAUUUGA